UCCAUCUUUUGUGUAAAAUUCAUUUUUUUUGUUACUAAAUUUGGAAGACCCCCUCCCCUCCUUUUUUUAAUCACACAUAUCAAUCUAGUAGUAAGGGACCUUUAUUUGUGUAAUAUAAUUUUUGUUCCUUUUUUUAUAUACCCAUAAUUAUCAUAAGGGAAAGGACCCGACGGACGAGAUACAUAUCUUUCUGUUCUUCCUCCGAAAAUUGAUACUCUUUAUUAUAUUUAUACAAUUUGAUAUGAGUAAGCCAUUAAAAAAAUUUAAGGGGAACGGGGAAUAAUUAUGAGAAAAGGAGUUUCUGUUUUCCGCCCAGCUUUCCAAUUUCCAAAAUUUUUUUUUUACUCACUGAUGAGUUCCAACAUUUUUUACUAUUUCCAACCUCAGACUGUUCCCUAACUGUCAAACUGACAAUUUUGGUUGGCUCUGAAACUUAUGACUUAGAGCUUCACCGGAAGUUCCUGCUUCGGUUCUGGUAGGCCGGAUGUUCCGGGAUUUUUUUGAAUUUUUUGGAACCGGGAUUCCGGUUCUGGUCUAAUUUGCGGUUCCGGUGAAGCACUAAUAUGACUGUCCGAAUGACCGGGAAAAUAUGGAAAAAACAAAGGGACUGAAGAAUUACUAGUUUAAUGGAUCCUUUUUUUAUUUUUUUCUCUUGUAUUUUUUCAAAUUAUUUUUUAAUUAUAGAAAUUUUUUUAAUAAUAUUUUUUUUAAUUUUUUGAGUAUAUAUUUAAUAUUUUUUUCUAUCAAUCUUUAAUUUUUAUAAAAUCAAUUAACGACUAAAAUUAUAUAAAUACACAUGAUCAAGAACCUUUUCAAAACGUUUACAGUGCAAAUCGGCUCACGGGUCUACGAUGCACAAGAGCUUCAAAAAUUGGUACCUCAACUUGAACAACAAUUGGAACAAAAAGACAGGCUUAUAAGGCAAAAUCAGUUACAAAUUGAAUCACAUACAAAAAGAAUAACUUCUUUGGAGGGGGAAGUUAAAGGAUUACAGUCCGAAUGUGACAAACUUCGCUCAGUUUUAAACCAGAAGGCGGAGAGUGCAGCAUCUCCAGCUGGCGGCCAAAAACGUUCAGAAGAGUUGCCGACUGAAAUGAAACAGAAAGCAGCUCUAUUACCCGAAGCUGGCCGCCCAGCAGAGCCUCGAGCAAAGAAAAUGGCAGUGUCUGCUGAACCGGCAAAACUCGACCAACACAAAGCAACCCUUCAACAUCAUUCCAAAUCUGCUGGUUCAAAACAAUUAAUUCGUGAUGCUGUUCAGAAGAAUGAUUUUCUUAGACAGUUGGCUAAAGAACAAUUGGUAGAAUGUAUGUUUGAAAUGCGUGCUCGUGCAGGUCAAUGGGUCAUUCAGGAAGGUGAACCUGGUGAUAGACUUUUUGUUGUUGCUGAAGGUGAAUUACAAGUAUCAAGAGAAGGGCAAGCAUUGGGGAAAAUUGGGCAAGGAGUGGUUAUGGGGGAAUUGGCAAUACUUUAUAAUUGUACAAGAACAGCCUCAGUUCAAGCUAUAAGUGAUGUUAUUCUUUUUUGUUUGGAUAGAGCUGUAUUUCAAAUGAUUACAAUGCGUUUAGGAAUGGAAAGGCAUGCACAAUUAAUGAAUUUCUUAAGAAAAGUUUCAAUAUUCCAAAAUUUGAAUGAGGAUAGAAUCUCUAAAAUGGCUGAUGUUAUGGAUCAGGAUUAUUAUGCUGCUGGUCAUUAUAUAAUUAGAGAAGGGGAAAAGGGUGAUACUUUCUUUGUUAUUAACAACGGUCAAGUACGUGUCACACAAUCUAUCGAAGGAGAACAAGAUCCACAUGAAAUUCGAAUAUUGAAACAAGGAGACUUUUUUGGUGAAAAGGCGUUGUUAGGAGAAGAAGUACGUACAGCUAACGUUAUUGCAAUGCCUCCAGGCGUGGAAGUAUUAACUUUGGAUAGAGAAAGUUUUUUGAAAUUAAUUGGAGAUUUGGAUGCUUUGAGGAACAAGGAUUACGGGGAUUUACAGAGAAGGUCAACACUUUCCUCUGCCAGAACUUUAAUUGAUGGGGGAAGACCCCCAGAAGCUCCUAGCCCUCCAAAAUCUGAAAUUGAGGAUGAAUUUGUGCAGUUACAGUUGAGACAAUUAAAGAGAAUUGCUACGCUUGGAGUGGGUGGUUUUGGGCGUGUUGAAUUGGUUUGUAUAAAUGCUGACAAAAGUCGAACAUUUGCAUUAAAAGCAUUAAAGAAAAAACAUAUUGUGGAUACAAGACAACAAGAACAUAUUUUUGCUGAACGUAAUAUAAUGCUUGAAACACGUUCUGAUUGGAUUGUUAGGCUUUACAAAACAUUUAGAGAUUCAAAAUAUGUUUAUAUGUUGCUAGAAGCUUGUUUGGGUGGAGAACUUUGGACAACACUUCGUGAUCGUGGACAUUUUGAUGAUUACACAGCUCGAUUCUAUGUAGCUUGUGUUUUGGAAGGAUUAGAAUUUUUGCAUAGAAGGAAUAUUGUCUAUAGAGAUUUGAAGCCUGAAAAUUGUCUUUUAACAACCUCUGGUUACCUUAAAAUUGUUGAUUUUGGUUUUGCCAAAAAACUGGCAAGUGGAAGAAAAACUUGGACAUUUUGUGGAACACCAGAAUAUGUUUCUCCAGAAAUUAUUUUAAAUAAAGGGCAUGAUCAAGCAGCAGAUUAUUGGGCUUUGGGAAUUUAUAUAUGUGAAUUAAUGUUGGGUAGACCUCCUUUCCAAGCAUCUGAUCCAAUGAAGACUUAUACGCUUAUAUUGAAGGUGCGCGGAUAUUUUUUGUUCUCUUUCAUCAAACUGAUCAAAAUAGAGAUCGAGCUAAGCCCAGAUCAAGGCCUGGGUUUUUCCUGUACCCAGAGUCCAGGUCCAGGCAUUUUUUGA